AUGAGAAAUAUUCUCCUUGUGGCAUUUGGCCUCUUGGCCUUAGCUGCCCUGAGCUCCGCUAGGGAGCUUCGGGAAAAGCGGGAAGCAGAUCUCGAAACCGCCGCUUCCCAUCACGGAGGUAAGUGGGAUAAGGGAGGCGGCCAUGAGCACCAUGAGCACCAUCACCAUGACCACGGCGGUGAACAUCAUAAGGGACACAAAGGACACCAUGAGCACCAUCACGGUAAACACGGCCACCAUCAUCACGAAGGACACAAGGGACAUCACGGUGAACACGGCGGUCACAAGAAACAUCAUCAUCACGAUGACGGGUAUCAUCAUCAUCACCAUCACGGCGAGAAAGGCGACCACGGUCACGGUCAUGAAGAACAUGGUCACUGGCACAAAGGUCAUGACACGAAGGGACAUCACGGUAUCGAGAAACAUGAUGAGUUCAAAAAGGACAAGCACUUCCAUGAUCAUCAUGGUGAUAAAGGCCAUCACGAACAUUAUGGCGGUCAUCAUCAUGAGGGCGGACACAAGAAGGGCGGUCACUUCCACAAAGGCCACAAGCAUGGUGGACACCAUGAACACCACCAUGGUAAGAAGGGACACCAUGAACAUGGCGGACACCACCAUCACCACAAGGGUCACCACGGUGAGGGCGGGCAUCAUGAACACCAUCAUGAUCAUCAUGAACAUGGCAAGAAAGGUGGUCACGAGGACCACAAGUCUUGGCACCACAAGGGCUAA